AUGUCGGACGGUCCCAACGCUCUCAACUUGGGUGCCCCCAUCGGCACGACAGGCGCAUCAGCCGCGCCUGCUACUACCACUACCACCACUACUAUCCCUCACAACAUCAACACUGCUAGCCCCGAUGGUCAUCACGGUGAUCAUGCUGGAGACCUCUCUUCUUCAGGUAACACCUUAGCCGAGGAAGAGACAGGUGAGAAACAUUUAGAUGGUAUCGAUGCGGAAAAGGCCGAUUCUCACCACCAUCACAAUCGACCCCAUCUCCCCCAUGGACAUUCCUCGCACCACAAAUCCAAACGAACAGCUCACGAUUCCUCUGAAGAUGUCGUAGCUGACCUGGAACCUCACCAUGUAUCCAUUCAUAGGGGUAAAGAAGAAUUCCAUGCAUUAGAGCGAAAAUACUCUUCCAUCUCACAACGGAGUCAGGGAGCGGAAUUACACCGACCUGCCACUCGAAGAUCCAUCGCUUCCGCUUUUUCGAAUCGACCUGAACGACAAAUCUCUCAUUUCUCCGCGGCUGACGCUGAAAAGGCCAAAGCUGACGAAGAGGAAUUUGAUCUAGCUGAAGUGUUGAGAUCUAGGAGAGAAAGUUACGAUCAAGCUGGUAUCAAACGAAAAGAUGUCGGUGUCGUAUGGGAGGAUCUAGAGGUUAUCGGUGCAGGAGGUAUGAGAAUCAAUAUCAGAAAUUUCUCUUCAGCCAUUAUCGAACAAUUCAUGAUGCCAGUCAUCAACCUUUUGGGUGUCUUCGGUUACAACCCGUUUGCACCUAAACCUAAACCUAUCUUAUUCAAGAACUCUGGUAUCCUCAAACCUGGAGAGAUGUGUUUGGUCUUAGGUAGACCAGGUUCGGGAUGUUCAACCUUCCUUAAAUCAAUCACCAAUCAGAGAGAUGGUUAUUUGGAAGUCAACGGUAAUGUAGAGUAUGCCGGUGUACCCUGGAAAGAGAUGCGAAAGAGAUAUGCUGGUGAGGUUGUUUAUAACCAAGAAGACGAUGAUCAUCUUCCUACCCUUACUGUCGCUCAGACCAUCCGAUUCGCUCUUUCAUUGAAGACACCAAAGAAGAAGGUCCCAGGUGUUUCGAACGCCCAAUUCAAGGAGGAUAUGCUCAACCUCCUUCUUUCCAUGCUGAACAUCAAGCACACCGCUAACACAAUCGUCGGUAACGCUUUCGUACGAGGUGUAUCUGGUGGUGAGAGAAAACGAGUGUCUAUUGCGGAAAUGUUCUGUUCCGGUGCCACUGUCUGUUCAUGGGAUAACUCCACUCGAGGUCUUGACGCUUCUACUGCGCUGGAUUACGCCAAAUCCCUUCGAAUGCUUACCGACAUCAUGGGUCAGACCACCUUCGUAUCGCUUUAUCAAGCAGGUGAAGGUAUCUACGAACAAUUUGACAAGGUCUUAGUACUCAACGACAGUCACGUAGUCUACUUUGGUCCUGCCAAAGAAGCCAGACAAUACAUGAUGGGCUUGGGUUACAGAGACUUGCCUCGACAAACCUCUGCCGAUUACUUGUCUGGUUGUACCGAUCCCAACGAAAGACGAUUUGCCGAGGGUAGAAGCGAGGAUGAUGUACCUUCCACUCCCGAAGCUAUGGAGAAGGCCUAUCUCGAGAGUGAGAUCUGUGCCCGAAUGGCCAGAGAAAGGGAAGAAUACAAAGCGUUCGUUCACCAGAAUGACGGCAUCACAGAAGAAUUCAAGCAAGCUGUCACUGAGCAAAAACACAAAGGUGUCGGUAAGAAAUCACCAUACACCGUACCUUUCAUGUCUCAAGCUCUCACCAUCGCCAAACGACAACUCAUGCUGAAAUUCCAAGAUAAAUUCGGUAUCUACACUGGUUAUUCGACUUCUAUCAUCAUUGCUUUAAUCGUCGGUUCAGUCUACUUCCGUCUUCCUGAAACUGCCUCUGGCGCUUUCACAAGAGGUGGUCUUCUGUUCUUGGGUCUUUUGUUCAACGCUCUUACGUCUUUCUCCGAAUUGCCUUCUCAAAUGAUGGGUCGAUCUGUCCUCUACCGUCAAAACGAAUAUAGAUUCUACAGACCUGCUGCUUUCGCCUUGGCUGCUGUCGGUGCGGAUGUGCCUUAUAGUGCUUCCAAUAUCUUCAUCUUCAGUAUCAUUCUUUACUUCAUGGGUGGUCUUUACUCAUCUGCUGGCGCUUUCUUCAUGUUCUUCCUGUUCGUCUUCACUACGUUCAUGGUCAUGUCUGCUUUCUUCAGAACCCUUGGUGUCGCUACAACCGAUUACAACACUGCUGCCCGACUUGCAUCCGUCCUGAUCUCGUUCAUGGUCACCUACACUGGUUAUAUGAUCCCCGUUCAACAGAUGAAACGAUGGCUUUUCUGGAUCUUCUAUCUGAACCCUCUUUCUUACGGAUAUGAAGCCAUCUUUGCCAACGAGUUCUCUCGAAUCAACUUGACUUGUGAUACCAAUUAUAUUAUUCCCCACAACAUCCCCACGGCCGGCAUUACUGGGUACCCAGAUGAAGUCGGACCCAACCAAUUGUGUUCUCUGACGGGUUCCACACCUGGGUCUGGUGCUGUUAGCGGUUCUGCAUAUAUGAACGCUGGUUAUUCUUACUCCAAAUCGCACAUAUGGCGCAACUACGGUAUCCUUAUCGGAUUCUUCGUCUUCUUCAUGUUCUUACAGAUGUUCUUCAUCGAAUACUUGCAACAAGGUGCCAAACAUUUCUCGAUCAACGUCUACAAAAAAGAAGAUAAGGAUUUGAAGGAGAAGAAUGGCCGAUUGGCAGAAAGAAAAGAAGCUUUCAAUGCGGGUAAACUGGAACAAGACUUAUCAGGACUGAAGAUGAGACCUGAACCCUUCACUUGGGAAGCUUUGAACUAUACCGUACCUGUUCCAGGUGGUCAACGACAAUUGCUAAAAGACAUUUACGGUUACGUCAAACCUGGUUCCCUCACUGCUCUUAUGGGUGCUUCCGGUGCCGGUAAGACCACCCUAUUAGAUGUAUUGGCUGCUAGAAAGAACAUCGGUGUGAUCAGUGGUGAUAUUCUCAUGAACGGUCGACCGAUUGGUAAAGACUUCCAAAGAGGUUGUGCCUAUGCGGAGCAACAGGAUACCCACGAAUGGACCACCACCGUACGAGAGGCUCUACAAUACUCUGCUUACCUCCGACAACCCCAAGAUGUACCCAAAGCCGAGAAGGAUGCGUACUGUGAAGAUAUCAUCGAAUUGCUCGAACUGCAAGAUCUCGCCGAUGCGAUGAUUGGUUUCCCAGGUUAUGGUCUUUCUGUUGAAGCUCGAAAGCGAGUCACUAUCGGUGUCGAAUUAGCUGCCAAACCCGACUUGCUACUGUUCCUCGAUGAACCUACUUCCGGUCUCGAUGGUCAAUCCGCUUACAACAUUGUUCGAUUCCUCAAGAAACUCUGUGCUGCUGGUCAAAAGAUCUUAUGUACCAUCCAUCAACCCAACGCUUUGCUCUUCCAAUCUUUCGACCGACUCUUGCUCUUACAACGAGGUGGUGAAUGUGUUUACUUUGGUGAUAUCGGACCUGACUCCAAGGUAUUGAUUGAUUACCUCGAACGUAACGGUGCUCAGGUCCCUCACGAUGCCAACCCUGCCGAAUUCAUGUUGGAAGCCAUCGGUGCCGGAUCUCGAAAGAGGAUCGGUGGUGAUUGGGGAGAGAAAUGGAGGAACUCGCCUGAAUUCCAAACUGUCAAAGAAGAGAUUCAACAACUCAAAGCUGAUGCAUUGGCUAAACCCGUUGAAGAACAUGGUAAACACACUGAAUACGCUACUAGCUUCAUGUUCCAACUCAAGACGAUGUUGAACAGAACCAAUGUGGCUCUUUGGAGAAACGCAGACUAUCAAUGGACCAGAUUAUUCGCCCAUAUCGCUAUUGGUUUAGUUGUCACUUUGACUUUCCUACAGCUUGACAACUCGCUCCAAUCGUUACAAUACAGAGUAUUCGCUUGUUUCUUCGCUACCAUCUUACCGGCUUUGAUCUUGGCUCAAAUCGAACCUCAGUAUAUUAUGAGUAGAAUGACAUUCAACAGAGAAGCUUCAUCAAAGAUGUACUCGUCUACUAUCUUCGCUUUGACCCAAUUAUUGGCCGAAAUGCCUUACUCCCUCAUCUGUUCCGUCGCUUUCUACCUAUUACUCUACUAUGGUGUCGGUUUCCCACACGCCUCUUCGAGAGCCGGAUAUUUCUUCGCAAUGAUCCUUAUCACCGAGGUUUAUGCGGUAACUCUUGGUCAAGCUGUUGCUGCUCUCUCCCCUUCUAUCCUUGUGGCUGCGCUGUUCAACCCCUUCUUACUCGUUCUCUUCUCCUUGUUCUGUGGUGUCACUGCUCCUCCCGCCACACUUCCUUACUUCUGGAGAAGCUGGAUGUAUCAACUCGACCCCUUCACUCGUCUUAUCAGUGGUCUCGUUUCAGCCGUCCUCCAGGACGUAGAGGUAGUGUGCAAGGAGAAAGAGUACAACGUCUUCUCUCCACCCGCGGGACAAACAUGUGCGGAGUACGCCGGUGCCUACGCAGAUGCUGUGGGAGGUUACAUCAACAACCUCGAUGCCACAUCAGACUGUCAAUUUUGUCAAUACAGAGUUGGACAAAGCUUCUUUGCGCCAUUGGAGAUAGAAUACUCCAAUAGGGGGAGAGAUCUAGGCAUAUUUAUUUGCUAUGUAGUCUUCAACAUCAUCGUUUUACUGCUUGCCGCACGAUUCCUCAAAUGGCAAAGACGUUAG